UACGCCCGCCUUCGGAGGGAAUUGCUAUUUGGCAGCCUCAAAAACGUCCGCAGCAGAGAGCUUGAUGCAUUGCAACAGCGAUGGAAGCCAGAAUCCGCCGCAGCUCCAGCACGAGAAGCAUCCGGCUAGGGCGGAGCUAUAGCGUGCCUGAGCAGGGGAACUCGUCGGCCGCCGCCGCCGCCGGACCACGAAGGGCGGGGUGGAAAUGGCUGUGGAGAAAGUUUUUGAAGGAGAAGAGGAAGAUAUUCGGAUCUUCUUCGGUUCACGCGGAACAGCUGCGCUAUGACGAAUUCACGUAUUCGCAGAAUUUCGAUCAAGGAUCGAUGCUGGAUGAACCAGAUUGCCUCUCCAGAUCCUUCUCUGUUCGCUUCGCCGAUCCGUCCAGGAUCUUUAUCAGGAAGCUGCCAUGUGAAGACCUGUAACUUGUUCAUGUUUGAAUCUCUGUAUCUGUAAGCUUAUCUUUGAUAUCCAUAAAUUUUGACAUAUGAUUGCGGAAGCUUAA